GGUCCUAGGGCUGGUGGACAUGGUUGCCCUGGAGAAUGGGGAGCUGGGACCCCUUCUGUCCCCUGGCACCCUAAGGGGUUUGGAGGAUGAAUGUGUCACAGAUGUGAAGGCUCAGACCCGGGCAGCCCUCCUCCGAGUGCUGCAGGAGGACGAGGAGCACUGGGGGAGCUUGGAGGACCGGCCCAGCUGCCUGGCACAGGAUGUGUGUGAGCUCCUGGAAGAGCACACUGAGCGAGCGCCCCGCAUCAGCCAGGAAUUUGGGGAGCGGAUGGCCCACUGCUGCCUGGGGGGGCUGGCAGAGUUUCUGCAGAGCUUCCAGCAGCGCGUGGAGCGAUUCCACGAGAACCCCGGCAUCCGAGAACUGCUGCCUGACACCUAUAUCAGCAAGACCAUUGCCCUGGUCAACUGUGGGCCCCCGCUGAGGGCUCUGGCCGAGCGCCUGGCCAGGGUGGGGCCCCCUGAAAGCGAGCCGGCUCGGGAAGCUUCCACCAGCGCUCUAGACCGUGUGACCCGGCUGUGCCACCGUGUCCUGGCCGACCUACUGUUCCAGGAGCUGCAG